AUGAGAGGUCAAAAGGACUAUGCAAGCCGAUUGGGGCAGGUCAUGUUGUCUGGAAAAGCCCCUAUGGACCACUUCCCUAAAGUGGAGAUUUGUGAAUCAGACAGGGGCAAGAUCGCCACUCCACACGACGAUCCCCUGGUUAUUGAAUUGAAGGUAGCAAACCUCAAAGUAAGGCGUAUAUUAGUAGAUACGGGGAGUUCGUCUGACAUUAUCAGCAAAACUUGUCUAAAUCGUCUUGAACAUGACCCCAAGACCAUUGAAAAGAUACAUUACCCGAUCAUUGGAUUCGGAGGCGGCAUAAUUCAUCCCCAAGGGAUAAUCACUUUGCCCCUACGAGUGGGAGGUCGGCAUCAGAGCAAGAACCUAAACGUCCGAUUUCUAAUUGUGAAAGACCUCACAGCCUAUAAUAUCAUAUUGGGGCGUCUAACUUUAAACCAGGCCAAAGCGGUGGUCGUCACUCAUCUUAUGCUUAUGAAAUAUGUUUGCGAUAGAGGCCAGGUCGGCACUAUUCAUGGUGAUCAACAGCUAGCAAGAGACUGUUAUCUCACUAAGCUAAGCCCCGAGGCUUGGGGAAAAAAUGACGAAGCACGAACAAGCUCUAAAAGAAAGCUAGAUGAGAUAGAGGAGAAAGUCAAGAAAGAAACCUUCACCAUUGCCACUGCGCACAUGGAAGCCAGACGACCUGAGCCGGUUGGUGGACAUUAUGAAAUCAUCCUCGAUGAAACACGUCCAGAUAGGACGGCGCCAGUAGGGGUCUCUCCUGACGACCAGCUUGGGGCACAUUUGGUCACUCUCCUGAGAGAAUUCCAGGACAUUUUUGCUUUUGCUGUGGAAGAAAUGCCGGGCAUCGAUCCAAGCAUAGCCGUCCACAAACUCAAUGUAGAUGAGUCUUUAAAACCUGUCCGUCAGAAGAAGAGAAAUCACGGGGAAGCAAGAAACAAAGCCGCAACUGAAGAAGUUCAGAAGUUGUUAGAGGCUGGGUUCAUUCGGCCAAGUCAAUAUCCAGAUUGGGUGGCAAAUGUAGUGUUGGUACCAAAACCCAAAAAAUCCUGGAGAAUGUGUGUGGACUAUACAGAUUUAAACAAGGCUUGCCCAAAAGACAGCUUCCCUUUGCCCAAGAUAGACCGGCUGGUAGAUUCAACGACAGGUCAUGCUUUGAUGUCCUUCAUGGAUGCAUACUCGGGCUUUCACCAAAUUCCCUUGUGGCCAGAUGAUCAAGAGAAAAUGUCAUUUGUUACUGAGCAAGGCCUGUACUGUUACAAAGUGAUGCCGUUUGGCUUAAAUAAUGCGCCGGCCACAUUUCAACGUCUGGUCAACACUGUCUUCUCUGGUCAGUUAGGGCGCAAUAUCGAAGCUUACAUUGAUGAUAUGAUAGUAAAAAGCAAGCAACGUGAAGAACACUUGGCUGACCUAAGAGAAACUUUUGAAACGCUCCGAAAAUACCAGAUGAGGUUGAAUCCAAAGAAGUGUGUUUUUGGGGUGACGACUGGAAAGUUCUUGGGAUUCCUCAUUGAUGAAAGGGGAAUCGAGGCCAAUCCUGAUAAAGUACAAGCAGUAAUAGACAUGACGUCGCCAAAAUCAGUCAAGGAAGUCCAACGCCUGACGGGAUGUCUAGCGGCCCUGGGGCGGUUCUUAUCAAGGGCAGGUGACAAGUGUCAUUACUUCUUCGGCACAAUCAAGAAGAAGAGCAAAUUCGAAUGGACUGAGUCGGCAGAAACUGCCUUCGUCCGGCUAAAAGAGCACCUCCACACCCUACCUCGGCUUGUCAGUCCUCUUCAGGGGGAAACGUUGUAUGUGUAUUUGGCCAUCUCUGAAUGGUCCUUGAGUGCUGUGUUGCUAACUGAAAGGGAGGGAGUGCAACUCCCCUUCUAUUUUGUGAGCCAUGUCCUGCAAAACGCUGAAUUAAGAUAUUCUCCAAUUGAGAAGUUUGCACUUGCGCUGUUUAUGGCCAGCAAGAAGCUGCGCCCUUACUUUCAGGCACACAAACUGGUGGUAUACACAGAUCAACCCUUGAAACAACCCCUUACUAAGCUAGACGCUGCUGGGCGAAUUCUGAAAUGGGCAAUUGAGCUGAAUGCAUUUGAUAUCUCAUAUGAGCCUCGAAAAGCUAUCAAGGGACAAGCAUUUGCAGAUUUCAUUGCAGAAAUGACAAGGCUAACUUUUGAAAAGAAUGUGGCGACUCGCUGGACAGUCUAUGUGGAUGGCUCGUCAACCCAGAACGGGUGUGGAGCCGGCAUAAUAUGUCAGUCUCCUGAAGGAGACAAGUAUGAGUAUGCCAUGAGAUUCAACUUCCAAACUUCCAACAAUGAGGCAGAAUAUGAAGCUUUAUUAGCCGGCAUAAAAAUGUGCAAAGCCGCUGGAGCUCAAGAGAUACUUGCCUUCUCCGACUCUCAGCUCAUUGUGAGCCAAGUAAAUGGGGACUAUGAGGCAAGGGACCCUAACAUGAUCAAAUAUAUGCAAGCUGUGCAUCAAGAAAUAGAACAUCUAAAGAGCUUCGAAGCUAAGCAGAUUCCCAGAACGGAGAACAAUCAGGCCGAUGCCCUGUCGAAACUAGCUAGCUCGGCUUCCUGUGAUACUCCGCGUCACGUGUUUUGGGAAGUAAAGGAUAAGCGAAGUAUUGAGCAGGGAUUGUGCGCUCCUAUGGUAGCUAUCCUGGAUCGGUCAUCAACAUGGAUGGACCCUAUCAUUGCUUACAAAAUGGACGGAACGCUUCCGGACGAUUCAUGUCUGGCCACCAAAAUACAAAAGAAGAGUUCUUGGUUUGAAUGGUGGAAUGGAGUUUUGUACAAAAAGUCAUUUUCUAGACCUCUCCUGCGGUGCGUCACUCCUGAGAAAGGAAAGGAAAUUCUAGAUUAUUUGCACCAAGGAUUAUGUAGCUCCCACAUUGGAGGACGAGCCCUGGCAGAGAAAGCUUUGCGAACUGGUUAUUAUUGGCCCACUUUGAGAGAAGACGCCCUAGCCAUGGUGCAAAAAUGUGACAAGUGCCAACGGUUUGCUCAUCUCAUCCACAGGCCGGCCCACCCACUUACUCCUAUUAUGAGUCCCAUUCCGUUUGCCAAGUGGGGGAUGGACCUGUUAGGGCCAUAUACAGCGGCCCCUGGAGAGGCUCUCAAGAACAUAAAGACAAGUGAUGUGAGGGCAUUUAUCUGGAAAAAUGUCAUGACUCGCUUUGGAAUACCUCAAGCUAUCGUCUUUGAUAAUGGGCCUCAGUUUGAGACGCCUAAGCUGAAGGAGUGGUUGGCAGAUCACGGCAUAAAUAGGUGUUUUGCCUCUGUGGGACGACCUCAAGCCAAUGGCCAAGUCGAAGCGUUUAACAAGAUUAUCUCCGAGGGGAUAAAGAAGAAACUAGAUGAGGCCAAGGAAAUGUGUGAACCUACACUAAGAGUCAUGCUAUAUGACGAGAAUGCCAACUGGGAAAUGAUGAAGUUGGCCCUUGACUUUUUACCUGAAGUAAGAGGAAAUGCAGCAUUGAGACAACAACUGAAAUAA